AAGCGUGGAUUAAUUGCCAGAAGAAAACAAUGUCGGUUUCAGUUCCGCAGCGGUCCACGGCCGGCUGGCCAAAAUCAAGUUACAGUAGCAAAUAUUCACCAACAGGAUCGUUGACUUUGGAGAAAACUAUCAAGUUAUAUCCACUAACAAACUACACAUUUGGCACCAAAGAGCCACUCUAUGAGAAGGAUAACUCAGUACCUGCUCGCUUCCAGCGGAUGAAGGAAGAAUUUGAGAAAAUUGGAAUGAGGCGCUCUGUAGAGGGAGUUCUCAUUGUACAUGAACACAGACUUCCUCAUGUUCUCUUACUCCAACUAGGAACAACAUUUUUUAAACUGCCUGGUGGUGAACUAAAUCCCUCUGAAGACCAAGUAGAGGGACUAAAAAGGCUGCUAACAGAGACCCUGGGCAGACAAGAUGGAGCUCCCAUGGACUGGCUCAUAGAUGAUAGUCACACAGUUGGUAACUGGUGGCGACCAAACUUUGAACCUCCGCAGUAUCCAUAUAUUCCAGCACACAUUACCAAACCUAAGGAACACAGACGUCUAUUUCUGGUACAACUGCCAGAAAAAGCCUUGUUUGCUGUCCCACGUAACUACAAGCUAGUGGCUGCCCCCUUGUUUGAGCUGUAUGAUAACUCAGCAGGCUAUGGCCCUAUUAUCUCCAGUCUGCCACAAGCUCUCAGCAGGUUUAGUUUCCAGUACAAUUGAAGACAUCUCCAAGCUCACCUCAUACUCUUGAUGACCGCCCAGUGUUCAUUGUUCACCUCCAGUUGUUUUGCGAAAGGUGAAGACUGAUUCCAAGCAACAUUCUUAGUCUGGUGUGAGAAAACUCAACAUAUUCACAGCAUACUAUGCUUUAUGCAAUCAGUUUUGAUGACAUCUGUGGAAAACUUCUUUUUUAUUGAAGCAAAAGGAUCAAUUGAUUCGUUGUUCAGAAUAUUUAAAGAAAAAUAACUUUCAAAAUGUGUGUAUAUUUCUUAAAAGCGUUCUUUGUCAGAAAAUUAAAGGUAAAGGGUGUGGAAGCUCAUGUGGAAAACCGCCUGGUUAUUACUUUGAUAAGCUGCACGUAUAUGUACCUAUCAUUUGUUGAGCCUAACGUUUGUUGUCUGAGUUUACUGUCUUAAUGAUUAUCAUGCCAUUUUGUCAUUGAAGUAUAUGUGUCCAAUUCUGAUGUCAUCUUAUUCCAUGGAAGUAAAUAAAUGUUUUUAUGUAAUGUCAAAGGAAUGAAGAUAAACUUUGUUGGCGUUGAUUAUAGUUGCUCUUUAGCAGUAUCAUCGUACACACAGCUUUUCGAUAUGAUAAAGGCAGAAUCCAUGCAUAAGGAAUGUCCAACUUCUAAGCAAGAAAAGCAGCUUCCUUACUGAGUCAGCUCAAAACCUAUGAUUAAAAUUUACAAACUGGACGCAAACACAUCUUGUUUGUCUGUGACCGUGAAGGGAAAGGCGUGUACUUUGUUGACGAGGUUUCAACAUACUCGGACUUGAUUGGCUAUAAUCAUGUUUAUGUACUGUUACCUGGCGAUGGCUCUUGCUUUAAUCCUGUAGCAAUGGCUUCCUAAAAUUGACUCCUAUUGUAUGAGUGAAAAAUUCAUGUGAACAGCGUCAAAUACCAAUCAAAUAAAUAGAUGAUAUGUAAC